UGUGAUCACUUACCACUAGCAGAAUUAAAAAAUGUGAAUUACAAGCUUUAUUGAGACAAUAAAGAAUAAGGAACUUACUUUAAUAUGUUUGCUGUGUUUUAUCUGGCUAUUUCUUCUUUUUGGCUGCAAGGUGUUUGGUUGCAAGAGAUUGUGACAUACUGGGGCCAAAAUGGUGUAUCGCAUGCGGGUGGGAGUGAAGAAGAGCUGUUGUAUUAUUGCAGUAACUUUGAGUAUGAUGUGAUUGUUAUUGGAUUUUUGCAUGUCUUUUUUGAUUCAAGCAAUAAAGAUAAAUAUCCCUCCAUCAAUUUAUCUAAACAUUGUCAUGGAUCAUAUUCAAGUCAACAAUAUCCAACUUUACUAAACUGUCCAAAGAUUGGAAAUCAAAUUAUAGCGUGCCAAAAGAAAAAAAAGAAGGUCCUUAUUUCACUGGGAGGUGCUAGUGGUCUAUAUGGCUUUAACUCAAAAGAAGAAGCGGUAUCACUUGCUGGUACAGUGUGGAAUAUUUUUCUUGGAGGCUCAUCUACUGCUCGUCCAUUUGGUGCUGCAGUAUUAGAUGGUCUAGAUUUAGAUAUUGAAGGUGGAAGCUCGCUUUAUUACACAGACUUUAUAAAGGAAAUACGAUCUCUAUCAUCUCAAUCAGGAAAAAGGUACAUAAUAACAGCAGCCCCUCAAUGUCCAUUUCCUGACCAUCGGUUGGGGCCAGGAAAAUCUGGUACAGUGUUAUACGAUAUUGGACAAGAGUUUGAUCAUAUUUAUAUACAAUAUUAUAACAAUUUUUGUCACCUUGGAAGUGGAAACGCAUUUGAAACUAAUAUUCAGAAAUGGUUCGAAUACGCUAAGUCAACAUACGAUCUGCACAAAAAAGGGCCACUAAUUUUUGUGGGACUACCUGCAAAUAAGAAAGCAAGUUCAAAGGAUUUAUACUAUCAAGCACCAGAUGCAGUGAAAACUGUGUAUGAUAAGCACUUGAAAGUUAACAAGUUCUUUGGUGGCUUCAUGCUAUGGGAUGCAGGUUUUGAUCAAAGUAACAUGCAAAAUGGUAAAACCUACAGCUCGAAUCUUCGAACAUUUAUGAAGCGUUUAGUACCAACAAAAACACCAACAAACUCAAGCAGUGAACACAACACAACUGAUGACAAUUCAAAAUCACUACAUCCAGGACUGAUUGUCUUAUUCAUACUUGUUCCGGUCCUCAUAAUUGCUAUCUUUCUAUCCUCUGGAAAAAUUUUAAAACGUAUGAGUGAACGCAACAUUUCUAAGCCCGAAGAAAAGGAAAUGACAAAUUAGCCAGAUAAUUGUUUGGGCAAUGACUCUUUGUUUACCAUUUGUGCGAUGUAAAUCACUGUAUUAAGACCUGUAUUAAGACACUUUUUCGUUUCAUUAGUAUUUAAAAAACUUAAGUGGUGUUAAUAUGAGCUGGAAUUAGCUGUAUCUGUAAUAUGUCUGUUUUGUAGUAAGCUAAACGUACUUGUAUAUAAGAAGAAAAAAGUAAAGGUAAAAUAGAAUCUAUAACAGAAAAUUAAUAAAAAAAAUAUACCAACUAACUAAUGUUUUUGAAAUGCUUUGGCUAAAAAAAUAGCCUUUUAACAGUUUUUAUAGUCCAUUCUCGGGACUUGGUGAACAAUAAUUGCCCUAUUUACUUGAUGCUACCAGACUUCCUCAGUUCAGUUCUCAAAGCAUGUUUUAUUAAAU